AUGGCUGCAGGCACGUCCGAACCGGCUCUCCUCUCCUCUCGGAACCAAAGUUCCAGCUCAACCAGGAGCGCUUCGGGAAACUCGAUGCUCGUAGGCCUCACCUGCAGGAAUCACGUCCAUGUAGUCGUCGGCACCAACCCCCUUGCCGCUGCCCGAUGCGCCCAGUCCCUUGCCGCCGGCGCUCGCCCGAUCCUCAUCGCCCCGGAUACGGCUGAUCUUCACUACGGCCUGCAGAGCAAGAUAGACGACGGCUCGGUGAAGUGGAUGAAAAAAGAGUUUGAGGAUGAUGACUUGUUCAGGCUAGGCAGAGAAGACGUCGGUAGCGUCGUCGACUCCGUCUUCGUCACGAGCGGGCCCAAGGAACCCCGAAGCGCCCACAUCUCCCAGCUCUGCAAGCGGCACCGGAUUCCAGUCAACGUCGUCGACGCGCCUCACCUUUGCACCUUUAACCUCCUGUCCGUCCACACAGAUGGGCCUUUGCAAGUUGGCGUCACGACAAACGGCCGCGGCUGCAAGCUCGCGUCUCGAAUACGUCGCGAAAUUGCCUCAUCAUUGCCUCGGGGCUUGGGACCGGCAUGCUCCCGCCUCGGGGAGGUCCGGAGGCGUAUCCAGGAGGAUGACCACCUUGCCCUAGGUGCCCUCGACGAUUCCCUCGACCAAAGCGCUCAGUUCAACAAGCUCGUUGCGGAAGAGGACGCUCGGAACAGGCGCAUUCGCUGGCUCGGCCAGGUCUGCGAGUACUGGCCGCUCAAGAAGCUGGCGACCAUCGGCGACGAUGAUGUCGAUCGCCUGCUCGACACAUACCCUGGCUUGGGUGCCGAUAUCAAUGACAGGAACCACAAUUGGGAGCCUUCCAAGUCCGAGCUUGGCAAGCUCGUCCUCGCCGGUAGCGGCCCGGGGCAUCCUUCUCUUCUCACCCGCUCGACUCUUCACGCCAUCCGCCGCGCCGAUGUCAUCCUGGCCGACAAGCUCGUUCCCGCACCCGUAUUGGACCUCAUACCUCGCCGCACGCCGGUGCACAUUGCCCGCAAGUUUCCCGGCAACGCCGAUCGUGCGCAGGAGGAGUUUCUCGAGGCUGCCCUGCAAGGCGUGCGCCAAGGCAAGACGGUCUUGAGGCUCAAGCAGGGGGAUCCAUUUCUCUACGGCCGCGGCGGGGAGGAGGUGAGCUGGUUCAUGAGACGGGGGCUGGGUGACCGCGUCCAGGUGCUUCCCGGUAUGACGAGCGCGCUCAGCGCGCCGCUGUUUGCAGGAAUUCCCGUGACCCAACGAGACGUGGCCGACCAAGUCUUGAUUUGCACCGGCACCGGCAAGAAGGGCAAGGCCCCUUUGCCGCCCGAGUACGUUUCCUCCCGGACCGUCGUCUUCCUCAUGGCCCUGCACCGCAUCGCAGGCCUCGUCGCCGAGCUCACCACCCACCUCUCACCCACCGACGACGCCGAAUCGCCACCCCCUACUCACGAGGCCAUUGAGAUGGAGGAGAAACGGCGGUUGUGGCCCCUGGCCACGCCCUGCGCCGUCGUCGAGCGCGCCAGCUGUCCCGACCAGCGCAUCAUUCGCACGACGCUUGCCCACGUCGUCGAAGCCAUCGAAUCGGUGGGUAGCCGCCCGCCCGGCUUGCUCGUUGUCGGCGGGUCAUGCGAAGUCUUGCAUCCACGCCAAAGGGGGCAGGCGUGGAUUGUCGAGGAGGGCUUUCGCGGCCUCGACGAUGAGGAGGAGCAGGCAUGGGCGGCUGGCCUCGAAGGUGCACUGCGGGCGGGCGAAGUGUAA